GCACCAGGAGCGCAGUGCUUAACACAGAAGCCCGCACUGUAGAAGCGGAUGUCCUGAGCCGCCGCUGUGUCAUGAUGCGUCUGGUGGAUUUCUCCUAUGAGCAGUAUCAGAAGGCUCUCCGCCAGUCAGCUGGUGCUGUGGUGAUCAUCUUGCCUCAGUCUAUCUCUUCUGUCCCACAGGAUGUUGUAAGGCAAUUCAUGGAGAUAGAGCCAGAAAUGCUUGCUAUGGAAACCAUUGUGCCAGUCUACUUUGCAGUGGAAGAUGAAGAGCUGCUGUCUAUCUAUGAACAAACACGGGCUGCUUCUGCAUCGCAGGGUUCUGCCUCAGCUGCAGAAGUUCUGCUGCACACUGCAACUGCCAAUGGCUUCCAGAUGGUUACCAGCGGGGCCCAAAGCAAAGCUAUCAAUGACUGGCUCAUACCCAGUGUGGAGGGAAGGCUGACGGGGCUGGGUGGAGAAGACCUGCCCACUGUUGUGAUAGUUGCCCACUAUGAUUCUUUUGGAGUGGCUCCAUGGCUGUCACAUGGUGCUGACUCCAACGGCAGUGGUAUCGCAGUGCUACUGGAACUAGCCCGGCUGUUUUCCCGGCUCUACACCUACAGACGUACCCAUGCUGGGUAUAACCUGCUGUUUUUUGCAUCUGGAGGGGGCAAGUUUAAUUAUCAAGGAACCAAGCGGUGGCUGGAGGACAAUUUGGACCACACUGAUUCCAGCCUGCUGCAGGACAACGUAGCAUUUGUUCUCUGCCUUGAUACUCUGGGCCGAGGCAACAGCCUUCAUCUCCAUGUCUCAAAGCCUCCCAAGGAGAGAACCUUGCAGCAUGUGUUUCUGAGAGAACUGGAGAUGGUUGUUGCCAACCAGUUCCCAGAGGUGAAGUUUUCCAUGGUGCACAAGAAGAUAAACUUGGCUGAGGACAUCCUGGCGUGGGAGCAUGAGCGCUUUGCAAUCCGACGCUUGCCAGCAUUCACCAUCUCCCAUCUGGAGAGCCACCGGGACAGCCUGCGCAACAGCAUCAUGGAUAGGAGGGCACAAAUAGAUACUAAGGCACUAACCAGGAAUACUAGGAUCAUUGCUGAAGCUUUGACAAGGGUCAUCUACAACCUAACAGACAAGGGAGCACCUGCAGAUCUGCAGAUCUUCACAGAUCAGAUGCAGAUCCAGCAGGAGCAACUAGAAUCAGUGAUGGACUGGUUGAGCAGUCAGCCCAGGGCUGCCCAGCUGAUUGAUAAAGACAGCACCUUCCUCAACACCUUAGAAUACUAUAUGGGUCGCUACCUGAAGGAUGUCAAACAGCAUCAUGUAAAGGCAGACAAACGGGACCCUGAGUUUGUUUUCUAUGACCAGCUGAAGCAGGUGAUGAACGCAUACAGGGUCAAGCCAGCAAUCUUUGACCUGCUUCUGGCUGUCUGCAUUGCAGCCUACCUUGGUGUUGCCUAUGUUGCAGUGCAGCACUUUGGUCUCCUUUACAAGAUGAUCCAGAGAUUAUCCCUUAAAACUAAGCAGCAGUGAAGCAGUGAGUCAUCACCCGCGUAGCAGCUCUGAGCCAUCGGUGAGCCCAUCAGGAACCUUCUGCCUUCCAUUGAAUCCUGCUGUUUCUCUUCCUCUGUCUCCUCUUUGCUACUCUAUAGAGGGGAGAAAGGCAGAAAGAAAAUGAAAUUCUAACUCUCAUGCACCUUUUAAGUGCUUUUCUUCACCUUCUUCCCCUGACUCGCACCAUGUCUGUUUUCUUUUCCUUUUGCUGAGGGAGAGGCUCAGAGACUUCAGUAGUUCGUGCAGGUUGUUUAAACACUGAACGACUGUUUCUGAGCAGCUUCUAUGAGUGUAAAACCAAGUCCAGCACCUUCGUGGACACAUGUGCCAUACAAGCCAACUUGGAAACUGAAACUACAGCGUAGAGUGACGUCUUCUCUCUGCCCAGCAAAUGAGGACUCGGAGCUGUUGUUUAAAAGACAAAACAAAAGUGCACAUGCAAAUUAAAGAGAACACUAUCAGCAUGUUUCCUUACGGCACCUCUUCCUCGAGUUCACUCCCUGGCUUUAGGAAGGCCUGCCCAUCAAGCUGUGUCUGCAGCAAGCAUCUUCUUGCAUUCUGUUUAGACUGUGCAAUAACUUGUCCCCUUUAGGAGGUGCACUGGAAACCAUCCUGACUGUUAUUGACACCACAAGGAAGGAUUGUUAAAACGGGUUCCUUGCGUUAAGGUUCUUUCCAGGACAGCUUCUCUCCUGUCUCUAUUGGAGGAUGCGUUUUGCUGCAUAUUUUGUUUCUCUUAAAGUUUAGGGUCCUUUUAACAAUUCACAGCUGCCACCGCUCUGUGCUAAACUCUUGCUUGUUUUUUAAGGGGUGUUCUACAGUCCCAGCUGCUGCAGGAUCAUGUUCUGUUCUGUUCCAUGUAUUUAAACGAGAUGGUUGAUUUAUACCAAGAGCAGCCCGGCUUCUGCUUAGCUCUGGUCUGUAAUCCCUUCAAUCUGCAUUCCUCAGUUUUCACUUCCAGAUGGGUUCUGGAUUUGGGGGUGUUUUCCCAUGUUCACCUGCAUCUCAGGGUCUUAUUUCACAUUUUUCAGCUGUUAUUUUUGGAAACACUGUUCCUGGCCUGCACGUAUGAGCAAGUUCCCAAAGUGCUUGUUGCGGUCCUUUCGUGUGCUGCCCCCAGUGUGUAUGAAGGGAGGCAGGUCACUUAGCCAUUAAAAAGCAAAACAAAACAAAAAA